AGUUCCAGCGGAGCACAGGCUGGGAGCUGCAAACUUGCAUUGACCCCACCUCUGCGGCUUUCUAGCUCUGUGACCCAUGGGAGGUCAUUUUUGCCUUUCCGUUUACAUUUCCUCCUCUGUGAAAUGAAGGUAAUCAUACCUUCCCCCAAGGGUUGUCAUCAAAUCGGGUAUCAUAAUAUGAAAAUACUAAACGUUAGAUAAAUGUGGUUGAAUCUGUUUGUCUCAUUGACUAAUUGAGUUUUCUAAGUUUUAUCAACAUGAAUCAUUUGAUAUAUGGUCUCUUGUCUUCUCCCACUGGCAGUUAAAAACUGAAAUUGAAGUACAAUGUUACUGGAAGUCCAGUGGGGACACUGGUGUUGGGAGUUUGUGGGGGUUACGAGUGUAGGAGAGACCAGUCUGGGCAGAUGAGGUGAGAAGGGACCUAUGAGCUGUCGCCACCCAUGGACCUGCAGCGUCUGACAGAGCCCCAGAGUCCCGGAAGUCAGUCACCGCCCGCUCCGCUGGACUUUGCUGCUGCAGGCACACCUCAGAAGCAGAAGUUUAUGGCUCCCUCCUGUUCAGGCGAGCACAAAGCCGUGUCUCCUCUUCAAUGCUCCCCACCCCACCGUGGUUAAGGGAAAGAUUCCAGGAAACCCCAUCUGCCUGUGACCUCAUGAUAUGCGCUGCUCCCCACCCCAGGGACUGGAAGGGCCAGGCAUGGAGAACAGGCUGGCCAGGCCACUGCUGAAAAAUGCUGGGUAAUUAGACAUGCCUUGGAGUUUGAACUGCUCUGCUGAUGGGUGGUGGCCAGGGCUCUGGGGACGCACAAGAGGUGGAGCCAGGUAGCUUCCCUACCCAGACAUUCCUGAUUUCCUUUCUCUUGGCCUCCUAUUCUUUCCCUUCUGUGAGUCCUGUAAAAGUGACUCAAUUUCAGGGAAAGGAAUAUCGUGUGGCCUAAGGCAGAAGCCUGAGUGGACGGGCUGGGGAAGGCACCGUGAUGCCCUCAACCUCCUCCCACAAAGGGGCUGCCUGUCCUGCUUGCAAGAGGGCCCUGGAGGAUGCAGUGACCGCCGCCUGUGGACACAUCUUUUGCCAGCUGUGCCUCCCCCCUCCUUCCCACAUGGGGGCCCAGCCCUCCAGCAGGGUCCUGCUCUGUCCUCUCUGCAAAGAGAAAGAGGAGACAGAGACCCUCGUGGCCCCUGUGCCCCUGGGCCCUCUGGGGGAGACUUACUGCGAGGAGCAUGGUGAGAAGAUUUACUUCUUCUGUGAGAAAGAUGCCGAGUUCCUCUGUGUGUUCUGCCGAGAGGGUCCCACCCACCAGGCUCACACCGUGGGCUUCCUCGAUGAGGCCAUUCAACCCUACCGGGAUCGUCUCAGGAGUCGGUUGGAAGCUCUAAGCAUGGAGAGAGAUGAGAUUGAGGACAUAAAGAAUCGAGAAGACCAGAAGCUCCAAGUGCUUCUGACUCAGAUUGAAAGCAAGAAGCAGCAGGUGAAAACCGCUUUUGAGCGGUUGCAACAGGAGCUGGGGGAACAGCAGUGUCUCCUGCUGGCCAGGCUGACUGAGCUGGAGCAGCAAAUCUGGAAGGAGAGAGAUGAGUACAUCUUAAAGGUCACUGAGGAGGUCGUCCGGCUUGGAGCCCAGGUGAAGGAGCUGGAGGAGAAGUGUCAGCAGCCAGCAAGUGAGCUUCUACAAGAUGUCAGAGUCAACCAGAGCAGGUGUGAGAUGAAGACUUUUGUGAGUCCAGAGGCCAUUUCUUCUGACCUUGUCAGGAAGAUCCGCGAUCUCCACAGGAAAAUACUCACCCUCCCAGAGAUGAUGAGUACCUUCUCAGAAAACUUGGUGCAUCAUCUGGAAACAGAUUCAGGGGUCGUCACUCUGGACCCUCAGACCGCCAGCCAGAGUCUGGUGCUGUCGGAGGACCGGAGGUCGGUGAGGUGCACCCGGCGGAAGCAGAACCUGCCCGACAGCACCCUGCGCUUCCAGCGCCUCCCGGCGGUGCUGGGCUCCCCCGGCUUCUGCUCAGGACGCCACGACUGGCAGGUGGAGGUGCAGCUGGGAGACGGCGGCGGCUGCAGCGUGGGGGUGGCGCGGGAGGGCGUGGGGAGGGCGGAGCAGGGCCUGAGCGCCGACCGGGGCGUCUGGGCUGUGGGCCUGUCGCACCAGCAGUGCUGGGCCAGCACCUCCCCGGUCACCGACCUGCCGCUGGACGGCAUCCCGCGCAGCCUGGCCGUCUCGCUGGACUACGAGGCGGGGCGGGUGACCCUGCUCAACGCCGAGACUCGGGCGCCCAUCUUCACCUUCACCGCCUCCUUCUCUGGUAGAGUCUUUCCUUUCUUCGCUGUCUGGAAAGAAGGCUCCUGCCUUACUUUAAAGGGCUGAGCUGGAGCGUAAGAAGGGCAGGCAGGACGCAGCGGAGAAAGCAGCGUCCAGGGAUGCAGCUCCGCCCCAGCAGCCGUGCGACAUGGGCCGACUCACUGUGGCGAAGGGGGACACGGUACCUCAGAGUCUGCGCGGCUGUGGGAUUGUGUUCACUUAGUUUAUCUCGUGUCCUUCAACUCCCCGAGGUCCUGGUCCUCCCGCUGACGCUCGACCUUCUCUGCCUCCGAGUGGAAAACGCAAGGCUAGGCUGUGCCUAGGACACCAGCAAAGCAGGGGAGCCAGCGGGCGGUUGGAAAAAAAUAAAAAUCUAAAAUAAGAAAUGUUAUGGCUUCCAGGGGGCAGGAUGGCUGGAUUGGUUAGAGUGCCAGCUCUUAACAACAAGGUUGCGGGUUCAAUUCCCCAAUUCCCUGCCUGGG